CGGCGCCCAGGGCGAGGGCGUGAAGAUUGGGGUGCCUGCGUUAGGGCCCCCAGGAAGCUGCUGGUCGGGAGUGCGGCCGGCGGCCCCGGGGGAAGGGGGGUGGGUGGGCUGAGAGCAGCUCGGCGGUCAGGCCGGCCCGCCGCCCCUUCCACCCACCCCCGUCAGCACGCUGGGCAGAAGCUUCCUGGCUCGUCAAGCCGACGCAAUGGCGACUGCUGAGGAGAUGGAGUCUUCUCCACCGACGGACGCGAGCUGGGAACGCGGCAGCGGCGGGGACGACGAGAUGAAGCAGGCGCUUCCGGAGCCCGAGUCCUCCCCACAAAAUGGCGGCGGCGCCCUCAGCAUCGCGGAGCCCGGCGGCAGCGCGGCGCCUGAGGAGACCGCUGUGGCCCAGGCCACCCCGAGCCUCAGCCACGAGCAGCCUCAGGACUCGUGUGAGGCGGGCGCGGCCGCCCCGCUCAAAGGCCCCGAAGAGCCCGAAAGGCCCGUUAGGAGGAGUUUUCAGAUUCCCAGGAAGAGCAGAGAAAAGAAAGCCCUUUUCCAGCCAUUAACUCCAGGCUCCCGAGAAUUUGAAGAUGUUUUAAACAUUCUCCAGUCAUCUUACCUUGAACCAUCCUCAGUAGCAAAUUUUAACUACAGACGUGCUUGCUUGAUACAUAAUGAGCUUUUGGAAAAGGAGUUUACAGAAAAGCGAAGAGAACUGAAGUUUGAUGGUCGCUUAGAUAAGGAACUUUCAGAGUCAUAUGCAUUUCUCAUGGUUGAUCGACACCAGGUUCAAACCAUAUGUGAAAAAGGAUUACAGGUGGGCCAAUCGAAAAUAACAAUACUUGGCAGUCCUUCCAUGGGCAUCUAUCUUUCUAGGUAUGCUGAUUUAUUACAGGCUAAUCCUUUGGAAGCUGGGGCAACGGGUGAUGUUGUUAUUUUUAAAAUAAUGAAGGGUAAAAUAAAGAGUAUAUAUGACCCCAUGGGUGUAAAAAGUUUGGAAUCUACAUUAAACAAAAGAGCUUUGGACCCAACACCAAAGCAUGAAUGUCACGUAUCAAAGAAUGCCAAUAGAGUUACGUCUCUUUUGGCUUACAGGGCCUAUGAGCUUACUCAGUAUUAUUUUUAUGAGUAUGGCUUUGAUGAGUUAAGGCGAAGACCAAGACAUGUGUGUCCAUAUGCAGUUGUGUCUUUUAAUUACAAAGAUGAUACGCAAACUCCGAAGUUUAUGCCUUCAUCACGAGUGAAUAGCUUUAAUGCAGAUAGAAACUCAGAUAAAUUUAACUAUACUUUGUGGAAAGGACAGCUUUUAAAUAAAGGAAAGCUUCUGUGCUGUAUUUCUCUGAGGUCAGCCACGCGUGCUUUUUUGCCUAUCAAGCUUCCAGAGAAGUUAGAUGUUGAAACAGUUAUGAGUAUUGAUCAUCUGAAACAGAAAAUCCCUCCAGCACUGUUUUAUAAGGAAACAUAUUUAUGUCCAAAUGAAGUUUUGAAGAAUGGAAUGUACUGCAGUCUCUAUGAAGUUGUAGAAAAGACAAGAGUUGGAAGUAACAUGGAGAGUUUACUGCAAAAACUAGAGAAAGAAAAACUUGUCCUUGUUAAACCUUUGGGAGACCGAGGAUUCCUUUUUCUUCUUUCUCCUUGUCAGAUGAUUUCUCCAUAUGAACAUCAGCCUGCCAAGUCGCGAGUCCUACAUGCUUUGUUUCUUUUUCAAGAACCUAGAGGCGUAGUUCCUUCACAAAAAGGUUCGACCACUGCAGCACCACAGGAAAGGCAUGAGAGUAUACCAGAUGUCUUAAAAAUAACUCAGUUUUUACAAUUUUCUUUAAUUCAGUGUCGAAAGGAAUUCAAAAAUAUAAAUACUAUAAAUUUUCAUUCUGUUGUUGAAAAGUAUGUAAGUGAAUUUUUUAAGCGAGGAUUUGGUUCAGGUAAACGGGAGUUUAUCAUGUUUCCUUACGAUUCACGAUUAGACGAUAAAAAAUUCUUAUACUCAGCUCCAAAAAAUAAAUCCCAUAUUGAUGAUUGUUUGCAUACCUAUAUUUUUCGGCCUGAAAUGUAUCAGUUACCUCUUUGUAAAUUAAAAGAACUUUUUGAAGAAAAUAAGAAACUUCAACAGUUCAGUCCACUUUCAGAUUAUGAAGGCCAAGAAGAAGAAAUGAAUGGGACAAAAAUGAAAUAUAGAAAACGAAAUAACUCAAGGAGUGAAAUUAUCACAUCUGGAAAGCAGAAGUCAUCUCAUUCUUUGGAUUAUGAUAAGGAUAGAGUCAAAGAAUUGAUAAAUUUAAUUCAGUGUAGGAAAAAAAAUGUAAGUGGGGACUCAGACACAGAAGAUAUGAGAAGCAAAACUGUCUUGAAGAGGAAGCUUGAGGAUCUACCUGAGAAUGUGAGAAAGCUUGCCAAAACCAGUGAUUUAUCUGAAAAUUGCCACCUGUAUGAAGAGUCUCCGCAGCCUGUUGGCUCACUCAUUAGUGGUCUGGGGCACGAUGCUGACUUGAGACGGCAGCAGCAGGAUACCUCUCACCCUGGUGUUGCUGACAUCCACAGUCUGUUUAACUGGCUGUCAGAAACACUAGCAAAUGCUCGCCACUCUGAUGCGUCCCUGACAGACACAGUCAACAAAGCUUUGGGAUUGAGCACAGAUGAUGCCUACGAAGAGCUGAGGCCAAAGCAUGCGUAUGAGUUGAAUUCUACACAGGAUAAGAAAGAGUAUGAGCAACCCACUUGUGCAAAAAUUGAAAAUGUAAAUUUUAAGGAUACUCAGAGCCCAUUGCCAGAAGUUGAUACAUCAUCUUUAAAGUAUCCUGUUAGUGCUUCUACCAGUGAAGGAGGCGCUGAUCAUAAACUGCAUUUGAAAGAAGAUCCAAGUUUAAUUAGCAUGGAUAAUUUUGAAGAUUGCAGUUUGUGUCCUGCUGUUCCCAUUGAACAUGGAUUCCGUAGACAACAGUCUAAGUCAAACGAUGUUGAAGAGACUGAAAUACAUUGGAAACUGAUUCCAAUUACAGGAGGGAAUGCAAGAAGCCCAGAAGACCAGCAGGGGAAACAUGGUGAGAAACACACACCAGAAUAUUCUGUGAGAAGCAGUCUUCAAGUCUCUUCUAAGUGUAACAAACACAAGGAGGCCACCUGUCUUUUAGGUAUGAAAUCACCAGAAGAACAACUGGUGUGUCUGCCGCCGCAGGAGGCCUUCCCUCAGGACCCCCGGGUAAUAAGUAGACACAGAAGUUCUGAUUACCAGUUUCCGUCCUCUCCAUUUACAGACACACUAAAGGGCACCACUGAGGAUGACGUGUUGACAGGUCAGGUGGUGGCAGUGGAGGAGCAGUGUGUGCCAGCAGCAGAGCCGCCUGCACUGAGUGAAACCACAGAGAGGACAGUGUUAGGAGAGUACAGUCUCUUUUCUAGGAAGAUAGAAGAGAUUCUGAAGCAGAAGAACGUGUCAUAUGUCAGUAGAAUAUCCAUGCCUGUCUUUUCAACACAAGAGAAGAUGAGACGGCUUUCUGAAUUCAUAUAUUCUAAGACUUCCAAAGCUGGUGUGCAGGAGUUUGUCGACGGCUUGCAUGAGAAACUAAAUACUAUUAUUAUCAAAGCAUCAGCCAAGGGUGGGAAUUUGCAGCCAGUCAGUCCUAAUGAUUCUGGUGCCAAGAUGGCAUCGACUGCUCUGGGAAGGCAUGUCAUGCCAGUGUCCUCAGAUGAUUUCAGCAGUAAAUGCCUCCCCGAAUCCCUUUGUAGUGAUGCUUUGAAAGACACCAACUCCCACGAGCAGCACUCCUCUUCAGCUUUGGGUUUAACCAGAGGAGAGAUGAGCCGGCCCCACCAUGCCGCAGAACUCACGGUGACUGCUGACCGUGCUGUACCUGGUGAGACUGGUCGGGAACCAGGAGAAAAGGAAACAAAAUCGCCUGGGGAUGUAAACAUGUCUGCCCAGCCUGCUCUUUCAAAUUUUAUAAGCCAGUUAGAACCUGAAGUAUUUAACAGUUUGGUUAAAAUCAUGAAAGAUGUCCAGAAAAAUACUGUGAAAUUUUAUAUUCACGAAGAAGAAGAAAAUAUGCUCUGUAAAGAAAUCAAGGAAUAUCUUAUCAAAUUAGGCAAUACAGAAUGUCAUCCAGAACAGUUUUUGGAAAGAAGAUCAAAAUUAGAUAAACUAUUGAUUAUUAUUCAAAAUGAAGACAUUGCAGGUUUCAUUCACAAGGUACCUGGCUUGGUAACUUUAAAGAAGCUUCCCUGUGUUAGUUUUGCUGGUGUUGAUAGCCUGGAUGAUGUUAAAAAUCAUACAUACAAUGAGUUAUUCGUAUCUGGAGGGUUUAUCGUGUCUGAUGAAUCAAUUCUAAAUCCAGAAGUUAUCACAGUUGAAAAUCUUAAAAAAUUUUUGACAUUCCUUGAAGAACUUAGUACUCCAGAAGGAAAAUGGCAAUGGAAAGUCCACUGUAAAUUUCAGAAAAAACUGAAGGAACUGGGAAGAUUGAACGCUAAAGCCCUAAGUCUGCUGACGCUUCUGAAUGUCUAUCAGAAGAAACAUCUGGUUGAAAUUUUAUCAUACCACAACUGUGAUUCACAAACUCGAAAUGCCCCAGAACUGGAUUGCCUUAUCAGACUUCAGGCUCAGAACAUCCAGCAACGACACAUAGUCUUUCUAACAGAGAAGAACAUCAAGAUGCUUUCCAGUUACACAGAUAAUGGAAUAGUGGUGGCAACCACGGAAGAUUUCAUGCAGAACUUUAAGAGCCUUGUGGGCUAUCAUAACUCUGACACGGAGGAAACCCUUCCGCUGCUUGGUGCUAAUGAGAAUCUUGAGUCACAGUCAGCUCUUUUAGAAAGCGAUGAAAAGGAUGAAGAGGAUAUGUCUCUGGAUUCAGGGGAUGAAAUCUCAAAAAUAGAAGUAUGCAGCAAUUUUCAUUCAGAAAUAUUGGCGAGAGAGACCAAAGGAUCAUGUGGAACAGAUCAAAAUAAGAAUAUUCAUAUUGAGUUGCAGUCGUCUCUUGACAUGCAAAAAAGUUUACUAGAAGAUAAGACUUAUCAGAUUGAUUCUGAAGAGAGAGCUUCUAUUGAUAGAGCCUGCUCAGAAGAAGAAAACAGCAAUUCAGCAGAACAAGAUUUGUAUAGCAACUUUCAAUUAAAUAUGUCCCAUCAGUUUAGUCAUUUCAAUGUUCUUACUCAUCAGACGUUUUUGGGGACACCAUAUACCCUUUCAUCAAGUCAGUCUCAACAAAGUGGAAAUUACUUUUUAUCUGCUUAUACUCAAAGCUUGGCUAGAGAGAAAUCCCCAUCUCCAUUAAGUUGGGGGAAAAAAUAGUAAUUUUUUUUUUUUUUUUUAAUAGUUUGUUGUGGACUUUUUCUGUUUCGUAAAAGUGAAUUAACAAUUUAUAUUUCCUUCUCUAAAAAGGUUUCUUGUCCUUUCUCAAUUUUUUUCUCUUAUUUAAAUCAUGAUGGCCUGUAACAGUUGAAGCAUCUGAAAAUUGAAAUAAAUACAUAUAUAUUUUUAACAUA